UUUGUAGUAAGGAAAAUGGAGUAUGUAAGUUUGUGCGUUUCGGGGCUUCAGUAUUCUCAUACCCCGCCGUCGACCUUUGGAUCUCGGGCCUCGGGGCGGGUAGGCAGCUCCGCCGUCCACGGUGGCAAUUGGCUGCGAGCUUCUCCUCCGUCUACAGCCGCUUCCUAUUGCCGCGCACACAUCGUGGCCCAAACACAGGCGACAGUACACACACACACACACACACAUUCACACACACACGCACACACGAGGUCUUUCACAUCGCGCACAUUCUGUGGAGUGAGUGCGCGCGAUGCUGAUGCAGCCCAAAGUCCUCCGGUCCUCGGUACAUGUCUCUUAUCGGAAUGUUUGAAGAUUAACGAAGUUAUCCUUGUCCAGCAGACCACAAGCCACUGCCAGCUGUACCCCUGCAGGCCAGGAAGCCGACAGAGCAGGCGGACAGCGCGUAGAGGAGGCUCGGAAGGGAAAUACACCGCUGUCUAGCUGCAUCGGACGACGGCAGAGGACGGCACCAUGGCCGAGAAACGGAUGUCGCGGUGGUACUUCGGUGGGCUGGCGUCCUGCGGUGCCGCCUGCUGCACUCAUCCUCUGGAUCUCAUUAAGGUACACCUACAGACACAGCAGGAGGUGAAGAAGAGGAUGAUGGGGAUGGCUGUCCAUGUGGUGAAGAAUGACGGGGUGCUGGCUCUUUACAAUGGCCUCUCUGCUUCGCUUUGUAGACAGAUGUCCUAUUCCCUCACCAGAUUUGCCAUCUAUGAGACAGUGAGGGACAUGAUGGGCAACACAAGCCAGGGCCCCAUGCCCUUUUACCAGAAGGUCCUGCUGGGAGCAUUCGGAGGUUUCACUGGUGGGUUUGUUGGUACACCGGCAGACAUGGUGAACGUCAGGAUGCAGAAUGACAUGAAACUACCACCAGAACUGAGAAGAAACUACAAACAUGCCCUCGAUGGCCUAUUCAGAGUUUUUAGAGAAGAGGGUGUGAGAAAACUGUUUUCAGGAGCCACCAUGGCCUCCAGCAGAGGAGCGAUGGUCACUGUUGGACAGUUGGCAUGCUAUGACCAGGCGAAGCAGCUCGUGUUGGGAACAGGGAUGAUGGGUGAUAACAUAUUCACACACUUUCUUUCCAGCUUCAUUGCUGGAGGCUGUGCCACAUUCUUGUGUCAGCCUCUGGAUGUAUUAAAGACGAGACUGAUGAAUUCAAAGGGAGAGUACACAGGAGUGACACAUUGCUUACGAGAAACUGCCAAGCUGGGUCCAAUGGCAUUUUACAAGGGUCUCGUCCCAGCAGGGAUCCGCCUGAUUCCCCACACAGUGCUCACCUUCAUCUUCCUCGAGCAGCUCAAGAAAUACUUUGGCAUUCGUAUCAUCUCCUAAGCACACUCUGCGAUGGGCUGCUCUUCAUCUCAGAACUCUACUUACUUUAAGCCCAAUCCACCAGGAGUGUACAUAACCUUCAGAGCCUACACCAGUGUAAUUACAGACUGUGGCUUGAAAGGUUUGUGCCAGGAAUAUGUAUCCUAUGGUUCUGUACAACACGUGAUCAUUUCCAUAUUAGGCCAAGACGUUUGUGAUUUAGCAGAAGUCCAAGAUGUACUUCAGAAGUUGAAAACAAACACAGUGUAGCCUUAUCAUCAUCAGUGCUGUUCUUACUAAUCUAUAACAUUUCCCAAAAGCCAUUACUGAAACAUGACUGAACAAGCUCUUAUGUAAUUACAUAGUAAUCAUUCCCAAUAGUGGUGACCAAAUGUGAUGCACCAUGAUUUUUAUAGUUUUACUGAAUCAUUUGUUUGCCUUCUUAUGACCUAAUUAUUUGUAUUAUGUUUUUGAACAGGAAAUCAGCCACUGAUAUGUGAAAAUGUCAUUAACUUCUUCCUGGUUCUCCUUUACUUCAUUCCGCACAUAGUCAUAGUUUCAUUCUAAAAUCUCUCUUAGAAGAGGACCAAGUUGUCUUGUGUUUUUUAGUAAAGAGGGAAUUAGUGGGUAAACUGUGAGGCAGAGAGAGCAGGCGGUUGGAGGUACAUUUGGCCGUGGCUCUUUUAAUUUUCCAAACCCAGUGAAAUUGCAAAUGACCACUUGAUCUAUGUAAGUUCUUACUGUUUGAAUAUCGAUGCCUGUUGAGAUGCCUGUAGGGAACUGCUGCACAGUACAAGUGUACAUGUAUAUGCAGCAUUUUCAUCUGUGAUGUCAAUGUGUCAUCCAGCUGAAUGCAUGUCAGACUUUAUGACUCAGGAUGCUGCUCUGUUUUAUAAGGCACUUUACUGAAAAUCCAUGGACUCCUGCUGACUAACUUGCUGCUUAGAAACAUAUAAUGUACACUAAACUACAUACUCUAAAAGUAAAAAUGGAAAUAUUUAAAUUUCAGAUGUUAAUGGUUCCAACUGAGGAUGUUUUGUUGCUGUUGCCAGUUGUCCGAUGAAAAGUUUGACUUUGGCCCUGUUUCAUUAAGCAAUCUCUCUGCUGUGCCUGGUCUGUUGACAAAGACCAUGUUGAGAAAUGUUGCCUUACAGUAUCUGCCCUGCAGGGGGCAGUAUAGUAAUGUGUGAAGUAUCUUCUGUUAUGCACCCUAAUGAGUCCUGCACCUUCAUCCUAGGAUACAUUAAAAAAAAAAAAAAAAAAACAGAGAGACAGUGCCAUUAAAUGACUCUCUUUGCCUGCAUGUUCUUAUGUUCUAGAGUUCCUUGACAAUGUGAGGUACUGUACUGUAGAACAGCCAUAAUAUUGGUAGCGUUAAUCCAAACUUUAUUCAGACGCACAGAAAUGAAACUGGAGGGAUCCAUACUUCUGGGUGUUGUGAAUUUGUAUUUUGUAGAUCCUUAACUAAGGAUUCUUGAAUUAAAAUACUAAUG